AUGCCGUCCAUCGCCGCGAGGGCCCAGCCGCCCGCGGAGCUCGAGCGGCACGAGUGGCAGGGGCCCGCCCAGCCUCCGGGCCUGAGGCGGAGGCGGCCGGAGGCGGCCGCGGCCGCUGCGCCCGCGCCUCUGCCGGCCCCGGGCGGAUCGGCCAGCAGCCGCUGCGCGCCCAUCUUGUGCGACGACGACCCCGGCGAGGCUUCUGCGGCGCCGCGGCCGCUCGACACGGACGGCCAGGCCGACGAGGCCGCGCCCACCGAGGCCCAGGCCAGCAAGCCCCUCGAGCGGGGCACGGCGGAGAGCGCGGGCGACGAGCGGGGGGAGGGCGCCGAGGGCGGGGCGGACGCGGAGCCCGUCGAGCUCCUCGCGGAGACAGUGGACCUGAUGGCGGGCUCCUCGUCCUCCACGGACGUGGAGGAGGUGCUGGGCGCGCCGGUGUCGGGGAAAGCGGGCAAGAAGGCGAGGAAGCGGGAGGCCAGGAGGCGCGCCGAGCGGCUUGUCGCCAGGGCGGCCGCGAGGGCGGAGCGGCAGGCGAAGGUCGACGCGCGCCUGCGGAAGGAGGCCGAGGAGCUGGUGCGGCGGCGGCUGGACCGAGCCGAGCGCCGCGUGGCGCAGAGGCUGGAGGCCCGCGACAGGGCCACCUACGACGCGACGAGGGGCGCCAUGCCCGAGAUAGAGGCCUGCGCCGCCACCGAGGCUGACGCCGCGCCCCAGGCUGAGGACCCGCCGGACCGCUGCCCGGGGGAGGCGGCGCCGCCCGACGCCGCCCGCGCCGCCGCGGAGGAGGCGGAGCGGCGGGCGGCGCGGGCCCAGCGUGCGGCCAGGAUCUCCGCGGCCGUCGACUCCGCCAAGGGCAGCCGCAGGGCGCCCACCGACGGCUUCGUCAGCUUCGAGGCGC